CACAUUUUCACUCAUCAAAAGGUAUCCAUCCAUCCAACACAAAAUAUCAGUCUUAAACAACUAUUUAUUUUUCAGGAUGUCAGGAUGAUUCCAUCUCCGAAGGGUGAUUUGCCAUGGGAAAUGGACUACCCCAAAGUAUUUGCUGAUCUAUUCGAGGCAAUUCUUGGCGCCGUGUACAAGGAUUCGGGAAAGGACCUUGAGAAGACUCGAAAAGUUGUCCUUGACGCGAUGGAGUUAACCAUUUCGAACUUUCUGCAAAAUACCCCCAUAUGCCCGUUAAGGAGGGUAAUUGACAUCAACCCCCAAGCAGUUUUCAGGAACAAUCUCCACCUCCCGGAUGGGAGCGCUCACGUCACACUUGAAGUGAGUCCUGCAACGCACCUCCGCCCCGCACAAUCCUUUGGAGCUGCGGGGACAAACAUUCAGGCGGCCAAGACAGCAGCGGCCAAAUUCGCUCUUCGAAACCUCCCUUGGCUGUUCAUGACCAACAGAAAAAGAACGAUCAGCGCAGGUGGAAGUGGUGAAGCAGGUGGAAGUGGUGAAGCAGGUGGAAGUGGUGAAGCCAGUGGAAGUGGUGAAGCCGGUGGAAACGGAAACACCAAAGUUAGCAUGAGAAAAAGGAACAAAACCGGCAACUAAGUUAAGAUCCAUUCCAGCUAUCCACCAUGAACUCGCAGUUCACCUUUAAAUUUGUAACCUCUAAAAUUCUUUGUUGCGGCAAAAUUGCGCCUCUUGUUCCCAAACUUCCAAAUUUCCAAAAGAAAACGUAAUUUAGGCAGAAAUAACUUGCAUGUACAUUGUUCUUUAUGUUGUUCUUUAAGUACAUUGUAUGUACACGUUCUCAGUUUUCAACCUUGGAUACAAAUACAAAUGUAUUUCUAG